AUGGCUCCUUCUGCGACGACUAAUGGAGACGCCGCGCCGGUCAAGGCGGACACGAGCAAGAACCGUGCUGUGAUCAUCUCAAAGAUGGAUGAUCUCACCAUUCAGGACUGGCCUCUGAAACUGGAUUCGUAUCGAGAUAGUCCGCCAUACGUGCCGGGGUCACCUCUACCGAGUGGUAAAGCCCUCGUCCGCAUUCGCGCCGGCGGUAUCUGUGGCUCGGACAUACACUUCUGGAAAGAGGGCAGUGCAGGGCCUGACAUAAUCAAGGAUCCCUUCGUCAUCGGGCAUGAAGCUGCUGGGGAGGUUAUCCAGGUCGCUGAUGACGUCCAGUCAUGGGCACCGGGUGAUCGCGCUGCGAUCAAACCUAUGCUUCCCUGUCUCGCUUGCGACCAGUGUACGACCGGGUUUUCCAACAUCUGCAGUUCGAUAGAGUAUUACGGGGUUCCAGGACCCGGCCGGCAGGAUGGAUUGCUCACCAACUACAAGAUUGUCCCGGUAACGGCACUGGCUCGCCUGACGCCCAAGAUUGGAUGGGUCGAGGCUGGUACGCUACAGCCCUUUGCCGUCGCCCUCCAGAUGUCGCGGCAAGCCGGGCUGAAGGCGAAUCAAACCGUGCUGAUCCUCGGGGGCGGGUGUAUCGGGUUGCUGCUGGGCGCAAUCGCCAAAGCAUACGCUGCAAAGAAAGUAGUUGUCUUCGAGGUACAACCUCACCGGGCAGAAUUUGCGAGGAAGUAUUGUGCGGACCAGGCUUUCGUCAACCCACCACGCAACCCCGGUGAGACGACGGAAGAAUACUCUAGCAGAGUUUCUAAGCACAUCCUAAGCUCAGUAGACGGGCUCCACCGUGGUUUCGAUGUGGUGGUGGAAGCUUCAGGCGCCGAAGAGUGCAUGCAGAUCGGAAUGCAUGCCUGUAGACCUGGAGGGACUUACGUCCAAGUCGGACUGCAUAGCGGCCAGAUGCCUCGGCUCCCUAUCAUGGAUAUAUGCUCCAAGCAGCUCAACGUGCGCGGUACCUGGAGAUAUACAACCAAUUGCUUCGAAGACGCCAUAUCGCUGAUUGACAGAGGCCUCGUCGAGACGAAAACUCUGAUUAGCCACGUUUUCCCUUUUGAGCAGAGUUUGGAAGCGUUUGAGACAGUCCAUAAGGUCAAGGCUAAGGAUGGCAGGCAUGUCUUUAAGGUGGUCAUCUCUGACGAGAAGCUGUAG